UGCCCGGCGUAGGCGCGGUGCGGAGCCGCAGCGCGCGCCCGCCCCCAUGGCCGACAUGGAGCUCUUCGGUGCCCAGCAGCCGCAGCAGCCGCCGGCCGGCAACGGGGCGCCCGACGGCGCCGAGGAGGAUCCUGCCGCCGCUUUCCUCGCGCAGCAGGAGACCGAGAUGGCGGGCAUCGAGAACGACGAGGGCUACGGCAUCCUGGAGAACGGCGAGGUGCCCGAAGCGCUGCAGGGUUCCGAGGGCCUCGGCGACGAUGCUGUUGAUGGAGUGGUUAACGGGGAUGUCUCUCAGACUAAUGGUCCUACAAACUGCUAUGCUGCCAUAUCCCAAGCAGAUCGACUGCAGUCAGAACCAGAAAGUAUUCGUAAGUGGAGAGAGGAGCAAAAGGAACGCCUGGAGCAACUUGAUGCAAACUCACGAAAGCAGGAAGCAGAAUGGAAAGAGAAAGCAAUAAAGGAGUUGGAAGAGUGGUAUGCAAGGCAAGAUGAAAAGCUUGAGAAAACAAAAGCCAGUAACAGGGUGGCAGAUGAAGCUUUCUACAAACAACCCUUCGCUGACGUGAUUGGUUAUGUCACAAACAUAAAUCAUCCUUGCUACAGCCUAGAACAGGCAGCUGAAGAAGCCUUUGUGAAUGAUGCAGAAGACGUUUUUCCGGGCACUGAGUGGGAACGUGUGGCUCAGCUCUGUGACUUUAAUCCCAAGUCUAGUAAGCAGGCAAAAGACGUGUCCCGCAUGCGUUCAGUCCUCAUCUCACUCAAGCAGGCUCCGCUGGUUCGCUGAAGCAAAGCUCAAUGGAAACACUACAAAUGCAAUAUCUUAACCUUACUCAGAGAAGCUAUGUUUGCAGUAAUUUGAUUAAUUGUUUCAAUGUGUUUUUUUUGGACAACAUCAUGAUGUAUCUAGAUCUGAUCAUUGUUUGAUUGCAUGUUCUUCCCAAUGUUUCCUUUCUGUGUGUGAAAUGGGAGAACCUCCAAAACUGUAGUCUCUGUGCUGUUGUGCACUGAGGUGUCACUUCCCACAUUAUUGAUAUUAAAGAUCUGUUAAACAGCAAAA